AUGGUUGCUGCUAAAGUCGCCGCCGUCUCUGUUGAGGAGCUCAUCAAGAAGCAUAGCGAUGUCAACCCAUUCCUUAUUCGGAAAUGGGAGCGAAUCUUCACGCUCUUUUUUGACCGCAAUGCGUCUCAUCAAGUCGAUUGGGGAGACUUCUACCUUGUCGUGAAGAAGGUCCGCGAGAUCUAUGGCGCCGAGUCCGUCCAAACCGAUUUCGCCAAGAAAUCGUUGGCGGCACUUUGGGAAGGUCUUUGCACCAUCGCCGACGCCGACAAGGAUCAACUCAUCUCCAUCGAUGAAUGGAUCGGAUUGUUGAAGAAAACUGAUCCGAAGAAGGAGCCGAAAUGGUUCGUCGACUAUCAGAACUUCAUGUUCAAGCUGUUCGACGUCUCGUGCGACGGAGUAAUGGAUCUUUCGGAAUACACCGACGGCAUGAACACUUACGGAUUCGACAAAUACCUGUGUGAAGCCGCGUUCAGAAAAUUCUCAGUGGACAAAAAGGGCAACUACGUUCCACAAAUGAAGCCGGAGACCUGGAACAUCUAUUUCCAUCAGCUCUUCUAUUCCACCGACAAGAAGGACCUUGGAAACCAUUUGUUCGGCAUCAUCGACUUCUAA